AUGGACACCAAUGACUUGGAUCGAUUCUGUCGCCGAAGUCAAACUCCGGGAGAUACAACUCGGAGUUCGAGAUCCUGUGGGAACAUUUGCUCCAUGGCAGCCCUGUCCGCAUGGAAUCGUCCGGCCCGACCACGCGGUCUACACACGCACGGCGAGUACCGAAGCCCGGCACUUCUGUGGAGCGAUCAACAGCUCAGCAGCCAGCACCUGGAACCACGCUGUGCCGCCAAAUUGGCGGAACUAUUCGGCGACAUUACUGACCUCGAUUUGGUCGACGAUCCGCCAGCCAGCACUCCUACGGAGUUUCCGCCGCCGCCGAAACAGCCCGAGAUGCUCAGCCAGCAGAUUGCCAGGCCCGCAGGGGGCUACCGCCGUCCGCCCCGUAUACGACUCUGUGCCACCACCAACGUCGACGUGAGCGACGGGACAAGUAUAACGGUGCCCCACUUCGGCGCACAUGUAUCCCUCGUAUACAAGGCCCACAUCGGGGGUAAGAGAUUCACGUUACGAUUUGAUCGAAGUGGCCAAUGGAUUUUCAACUUAUUGCGGUUAGAUCUCUCGGCUAAUUUUCUUCAGGAUUUUCCCACUGAUGCACUACAUCAUUUAACAGAUUUGACAUUUUUGAAUGUAUCCAAUAAUCUUAUUACUGAAAUAAAACGGAUACAUCUAUUAAAUUUGGACAAGUUACAAGUAUUGGAUUUGAGUCGUAAUAAUAUAGAUCGACUCGGCAUUAAUACGUUCUCCAGCCUUAUUACUCUCACAAGAUUGGAUCUGAGUCUCAACGCGCUGCGCACGAUCGAAGAAUCGUCAUUUGAGGGCUUGACAAAUCUGAAAUGGUUAUCUUUACAAGAUAACAAUAUUUUAUUAUUACCAGCUUCAGCGCUCACACGAUUACCAUCCUUGGCGCAUUUACACGUGGAAUUCAAUCGUAUUGCUGCAUUGUCUACUGAAUUAAUUUGUGCUGCGUCAACGAAUCUCAUGACCUUGAGCCUAACUCGCAAUUUGGUUCGCGAGAUACCACCAAAAUUGUUUUCUAACUUCAAAAAUCUCAUCAGUAUCGAGCUUUCCGGUAACAUGCUGUCUAUUAUCUCGCAAAACAUGUUUGCCAGUUUGGAAGACACUCUGCAAUAUCUUGAUAUAUCAUAUAAUCGAUUAACAGCUAUCACUGAAUUGCCAUUAAGAAAUUUGGUCUCGCUAAAUUUAGCGGGUAAUCAAUUAAAACGUAUAUCAACAGAAACUUUCACACAUUUACAUAAAAUACUAUAUUUAAAUCUUAGUAAUAAUCCUUUAUAUGGUGGUUUUCCGCCGAUAUUUCCUUCAUCUUUGAUAUGCCUUGAUAUAUCAUAUACAGAGCUGAAGAUUUUACCAACUGUGUUGCUAUUGAAUCUUGAAUUACUAGAAAAGAUUUUUUUAAUUGGUAAUCAGUUACAAGUAAUUAGUGAGAACACUUUCCAAUACUUAUAUAAUCUUACAGUAAUUGAUCUUUCGUAUAAUGCUCUUGAACGUAUUGAAAAUAGUGCCUUUGUUGGUCUUAUAAAUCUCUACUCAUUGAACUUGCGAGGUAAUAGGCUCACAUCGUUCGUCGGCGAAUAUUUCAAUACCGGUACUGGCCUAGAAAUUCUUGAUUUGUCUGGCAAUUGUAUCAACCAGCUCUCUCUGACAGCUUUCGCAAUUCAUCCAAGGCUCAGACGACUUGAUCUUUCAGAAAACCGAUUUGUCCAAUUUUCCAGUGACUUCAUCAAGUCGCUACAGUUUCUAGAAUGGUUGGACAUGUCUGGAAAUAUGCUACGCCAUGUAAAUGAGUUUGCCUUCUCACAGAUGGGAAGAUUACGUGAUCUGGAUCUUUCUGAUAACAGGAUUGAAUCGGUGGGUGAAUUGGCUUUUCACAAUUCUACGCAGCUUCAAUCGAUAGAUCUAUCCGGGAAUGUCCUCGAGACACUAAACGAACGUACAAUGGACGGUUUACUUCGUUUAGAAUUUUUAGAUUUACACAAUAAUCGACUUGUUUCACUGCCCGAAACUCUUUUCGACUCAUCAAGAGUUCAUGCCAUAGAAAAAAUCGAUUUGUCCAAUAAUCAUUUCAACGAAAUACCAAACCUUACGUUACAACGACAAUCAGCAUCGUUAUUCAGUCUAAAAUUAGCUCGCAAUCGAAUAGUAGAAGUGUUUGCACAAGAUAUUAUUAACAAUGUGAAGGAGCUCGAUCUUUCCGAAAAUCCUCUAAGUGAAAAUGCAAUUCGCGGCAUUCUGGGUGAAGCAAAAAUUCUACGAUCACUUAACCUUGCGAAUACGAAUAUUAAAAUUAUUCCCAGGUUAGAAAUGCCUUUCCUUAAACAUUUGAAUCUCUCAGGGAAUGCAAUUGCAGAUAUUAAACCUAUCAUAUUGGAACGUACUACAAUGUUAGAAAGCUUCGAUGUCUCAAGAAAUCAUUUGACAGCACUUACAAAUCUUGUCAGUACUUUCAAAAAUCUACCGGUUCUUCUAAGCCUAGACAUUUCGAAUAACGAAAUAAAGAAUAUUAACGAAAGCAAUUUUGAUGGAUUAGCAACACUACACUCUUUAAAAAUGGAAAAUUUGCUAAAUUGUACUAGAAUUGAAAGAAAUGCAUUUAGAGCAUUGACGAAAUUACGAUAUUUGUAUGCUUAUAAUUAUCCCAAGUUGGGUUAUUUUGACGUGCAAGGUAUUUUGAAAGAUAUGAUAAAUUUAGAAAUAUUGGAUAUUGAAAUCAAAGACGCAUCGAUCAGCAAUGAGCAGUUAUCAGUGCGUAUUCAUCCUUACCUACGAGAGUUAACAUUACGAGGAGAAAGAUUGCGUAAUAUUCUUUCAAGUUCACUAGUCGGUAUACGUGGACCACAAUUAUUCCUGAAUUUAAAGGAUACUUCCAUAGAUUCCAUACCAACAGCCCUCUUUUUUCCGGUGCCACGUUCCACUAAGGUUGAGCUGAAUGUUUCUGGCAGCAAAUUUACUAAUCUAUCACUUCAGUUAUUAACUGCUUUGGAUGAACGUGGAGGCUCAAUAACAAUUAGUGGAUUGGAUAAAAAUCCGAUCAAUUGCAGUUGCGAAGCAAAACAUCUCUGGAAAUGGCUCAAAAUGUGGGGUACUAAAGCGCCCACUGUCACCUGUGCCAGUCCCAACCACUUGGUGGGUAUACUGCUAAUCAAUAUUACAGAGGAAUAUUUCUUGUGCGAUCACACUACACCGACAAAGUCGCAAACCACAGAAACUAUAAUGUUGACGAAAUCAACAAUUCAGGAACCAGAAAUAAUCUGGACUAUCGCACCAACAACGCAAAACAAUCAAAAUGAACAUAAUAAUGAUCAUACAGUAGGUAUACAACGCGGGUUCUAAUUCUGGAGCUCCGAGGGAGGUGCAGGUGUACGGGAACUGUGGGUGCGGAGAGUAGAGGAGAGGGAGAAGGCAGGGGUGAUGCUUUAAAAUGAGCAGUGGAGGGAGGAGGUAAAUAAGAUAGUAGGAUCCGGCAAAGAUGAAGAUGAUAUGAACAAAUAGAUAACAAACAGAUAAACAGGUGGCUAAGAUGAUAUAAACGAGAAGAUAAAUAAAUUGUGCGUGGACAG